ACAUCCACACACACACCCACGAUUCCCCACAAACUCACCGGCCAUGUCGACGACCUCGCCGAGGGCGGAGGAGGACGCGAAGGAGACGGUGAAGCCGAUCUUCAUCACGCUCAAGGUGAUGGACCAGGAAGACCGGAGGAUCCGCCACACCAUCAGGAUGGCCGACAAGCUGCAGGUGGUCAUGGACAUGUACUACGCCAAGGCGCCCGAUGUCACCUACGGCACGGGGACCUUCCUCUUCGACGGCAUACGGCUGAAGGGCGACAUGACGCCGAUGGGGCUCGAGAUGGUGGACGGGGACACUGUCGAUUUCUUCCCGGUUAUGAUCGGCGGCGGAGGAUUUUUCCAAUGCAAUCUUCUUCCCAGUUCUCACUAGUAGUCUACGACUGUCGCCGCCGAGCGUCGUAGACUCGUAGUUAGAAUUGUUCAUCCUCUGCGAUUUGCCGAUCGUCGUAGUUUGCAAUUUGCAGUGUUUUAUUUCCUCAUGGCAGCAGCAAUCGAUGUUAACAUUGAAUCAGUUGUUCUGGGAUGAUUAAUUAUGGCAACAGUAGUUGA